AUGGCUGGUGCAGAAAGCAGGAAUUGGAGUUCCGUAUUGGCCAUUUACAUCAUGCUGCUAAGGUAGUUUGGCCAGGGAGAGCUUUUCUCCGUCAGUUUAUCAACUUGUUGUGCUGCUUCCGUAACUAGAACCACCCUGUCCCGAUUAACCAAGAGGUUUGUCUGCUGCCACAGACCUGGAGGUCACCUUGGAUGCAGCUGGCGUGAUUGGCUUUGGUGCCUAUUCUAGAGGCCAGUGGUUUUAUGGUGCUUGGUCAGUGGCCAAUCUAUUACAUACCAAGAACUUUUUCCUGUGGUGAUUGCUGCUGACCUUUGGGCUAGGAAGCAUGUCUUUUUUCGAUCAGAUAACGAGGCAGUAGUCGCUAUUCUCACGACUAGGACCUCGAAGGUUCCGGCUUUCAUGCACCUCCGUGACCUGCUCCCUGCGGCAUGUUGUGAAUUUUAGUUUCACUGCCACUCAUGUUCCUGGAGGUGAGAACAAAACUGCUGAUGCUAUUUCUCGUUUCCAUUGGCAGGAGUUCAGGCAGUUGGCUCCGGAGGCUCACUCAACCCUUUGUCCCAUUCCUCAGCUUCUGCUGGACAGCUUAACACCUCCGCCCUAGAACAACGGUGCCUGCAUUUCUUGGCCCAGAGUUUGGCUCCUUCCACCCAGAAAGCACACGCUUCAGGUCAACGGAAGUUUGUCGAAUUUUGCAGCCAAGCUGGGAAGCUCCAUCCCAAUGACUCCCCUUGCCCUGCAGAUGAGUGGACGCUAUGUUUGUUUGUUUCGUUUCUUGCAGAUUUAAUUCAGCAUUUGUCAAUUAAAAAUUUACACUGUUGGGCCGCUGCCGUGGCCAGAGCUUUUGCAAGUGGACCCGGGGUGUGA